AUGGCUCUCGCGUGCUUCGGUCUCGCAGUGUUUCUCUUCCUCAACCUCGAUAUAGAUCAGGCCUCCUUCUCCCCUGCCUCCGCCGCUUCAUCUUCUUCUUCCUCGACUUCUCAAGGGGUUGAGAUUACGUAUGGCUCAGUUUUGAAGUUGAUGCACGAGAAGACAAAGUACCGUCUGCAUUCCCACGAGGUGCCUUAUGGAUCCGGCAGUGGGCAGCAAUCUGUUACAGGAUACCCUAAUGUCGAUGAUUCCAAUAGCUAUUGGAUUGUGAGGCCUGUGCCAGACACUAAUGCCAAACAAGGCGACACCAUAACAGCUGGGACGGUAUUCCGUUUGCAGCACAUGAAAACUAGAAAAUGGAUGCACAGCCAUUUGCAUGCCUCCCCAAUAUCUGGCAACCUUGAGGUUAGCUGUUUUGGUGGUGAAAACGAAUCUGAUACAGGAGACCAUUGGAGACUUGUUAUUGAAGGUGGUGAAAAGACAUGGAAACAAAAUCAAAGAGUUCGAUUGCAUCAUGUUGACACCGGUGGCUACCUACAUAGUCACGACAAGAAGUACCAGAGAAUAGCUGGGGGACAGCAAGAGGUUUGUGCUGUUCGAGAAAAGCGUGCCGACAACAUAUGGUUAGCUGCAGAAGGUGUGUAUCUUCCCGUGGCUGGCAGCAAGUAG